GGCGCAGCAGCUGCUGACCCUGCAGAGUCAGGUGGCGCGGCUGGAGGAGGAGAACCGAGACUUUCUGGCUGCGCUGGAGGACGCCAUGGAGCAGUACAAACUGCAGAGUGACCGGCUGCGUGAGCAGCAGGAGGAGAUGGUGGAGCUGCGGCUGCGUCUAGAGCUGGUGCGGCCUGGCUGGGGGGCCCCUGGGUGCUCGGUACCUCGGCCUCACACAGCCCCCCUGGGAGGUGCCCAUACCCACGUGCUGGGCAUGUUGCCCCCUGCCUGCUUCCCUGGAAAUGAAGUUGGCCCUGAGCAGUGGGGAGAGGUGACAAAUGGCAGGGAGGCUGGAGCUGAGUUGCUAGCCGAGGCGGACAGGCUGGGAAGUGGAUCUUCAGCUGCAUCAGAGGAGGAAGAGGAGGAGGAGGUGCCCAGGAGGACCUUGCACCUGCGCAGAAAUGGGAUCAGCAACUGGAGCCAGAGGGCAGGGGCCCGCCCAGGGAGUCCACUGGAUAGGAAGGGCCCAGAGCUUCGCCUUGAAGAGGUGGAUGCAGCCAUCCCAGUGUCCAGAGUGGUUGGUGGGAGCAAGGCCUCACCUCAGACCCGCCAGGCCCCUGCUGCCAUGGCCUCUGAGUGGCGGCUUGCCCAGGCCCAGCAGAAGAUCCGGGAGCUGGCUAUCAAUAUCCGCAUGAAGGAGGAGCUUAUUGGCGAGCUGGUCCGCACAGGGAAAGCGGCCCAGGCCCUGAACCGCCAGCACAGCCAGCGCAUCCGAGAGCUGGAGCAGGAGGCGGAGCGUGUGCGGGUGGAGCUGAGUGAAGGCCAGAGGCAGCUGCGGGAGCUUGAGGGCAAGGAGCCCCAGGAUGCCGGUGAGCGGUCCCGGCUGCAGGAGUUCCGCAAGAGGGUCGCUGUGGCCCAGAGCCAGGUGCAGGUGCUGAAGGAGAAGAAGCAGGUGACAGAGCGGCUGGCGUCACUGUCAGCCCAGAGCGAGAAGCGGCUGCAGGAACUCGAGAGGAAUGUGCAGCUUAUGCGGCAGCAGCAGGGGCAGCUGCAGCGGCGGCUUCGCGAGGAGACAGAGCAGAAGCGGCGCCUGGAGAUGGAGAUGAACAAGCGGCAGCACCGUGUCAAGGAGCUGGAGCUGAAGCAUGAGCAGCAGCAGAAGAUCCUGAAGAUCAAGACAGAAGAGAUCGCAGCGUUCCAGAGGAAGAGGCGCAGCGGUAGCAAUGGCUCUGUGGUCAGCCUGGAGCAGCAGCAGAAGAUUGAGGAGCAGAAGAAGUGGUUGGAUCAGGAGAUGGAGAAGGUCCUGCAGCAGCGCCGGGCACUGGAGGAGCUGGGGGAGGAGCUCCACAAGCGGGAGGCCAUCCUGGCCAAGAAGGAGGCCCUGAUGCAGGAGAAGACAGGGCUGGAGAGCAAGCGCCUGCGGUCCAGCCAGGCCCUCAACGAGGACAUCGUGCGAGUGUCCAGCCGGCUGGAGCACCUGGAGAAGGAGCUGUCAGAGAAGAGUGGGCAGCUGCGGCAGGGCAGUGCCCAGAGCCAGCAGCAGAUCCGUGGGGAGAUUGACAGCCUGCGCCAGGAGAAGGACUUGCUGCUGAAGCAGCGCCUGGAGAUCGACAGCAAGCUGAGGCAGGGCAGCCUGCUGUCGCCCGAGGAGGAGCGGACGCUGUUCCAGUUGGAUGAGGCCAUCGAGGCUCUGGAUGCCGCCAUCGAGUACAAGAAUGAGGCCAUCACAUGCCGCCAGCGGGUGCUGCGGGCCUCGGCCUCGUUGCUGUCCCAGUGCGAGAUGAACCUCAUGGCCAAGCUCAGCUACCUCUCAUCCUCAGAGACCAGAGCCCUACUCUGCAAGUAUUUUGACAAGGUGGUGACACUCCGAGAGGAGCAGCACCAGCAGCAGAUUGCCUUCUCGGAGCUGGAGAUGCAGCUGGAGGAGCAGCAGAGGUUGGUGUACUGGCUGGAGGUGGCCCUGGAGCGGCAGCGCCUGGAGAUGGACCGCCAGCUGACCCUGCAGCAGAAGGAGCAUGAGCAGAACAUCCAGCUGCUCCUCCAGCAGAGCCGAGACCACCUUGGCGAAGGGUUGGCAGACAGCAAGAGGCAGUAUGAGGCCCGGAUCCAAGCUCUGGAGAAGGAACUGGGCCGCCACAUGUGGAUAAACCAGGAACUAAAACAGAAGCUCAGCAGUGUGAAUGCUGUGGGCCAGAGCAAAGUGACAGGUGGGGAGAAGAAGAGCCUCUGCCUGGAGAAUAAACAAGUCUCCAGAGAUGAAGAUGAGCCCCACCCAGUGUCUGAGCUUCUCUGGCAGCCCCCACUCACUGAGGGGGCCCCCCGUGCCCGCGAGGAGACACGGGACUUGGUCCAUGCUCCGUUACCCUUGACGUGGAAACGCUCAAGCCUGUGUGGCGAAGAGCAGGCCUCCCCCGAGGAGCUGAGGCAGCGGGACGCAGCUGAGCCCCUGAUGGGGCGGGUGCUGCCUGUGGGGGAGGUGGGCCUGCCCUGGACCUUUGGGUCUUUGCCCAAGCCCCGUCGGGAACUAAGAAGAGCAAGCCCAGGGAUGAUUGAUGUCCGGAAAAACCCCCUGUAGGCCCGUGGGGCAGACCCUGACUUGGAAGAGAGAGUUUGAUCCUGCUGAAAGGUGCAGUUGUCUACAUUUUGCUUCUGUGGAUAGUCCUGACCUUACACCCUAAAUCCAGGUCCUCUUCUUUACACUAAUUGGCGUCAACAAAUUUUGGCCACAGCCCAAAAGAACUGGACUCUUGUUUUAAAAAAUAUGUAAAUUCCUACCAUUCACUUCCUUUAAGCUGCAGUACCUGGUUGUCACCUUCUGGCUUGCCCAAGUUUCAGGACAAUUCUGGUUUCAAACAAAUUUACAAGUGUACUUCAGAAAGUUUGUGCAAAAAUAGAAUAGAUAAUAUGAAUCUUUCCAUGAACUUUUUGAGGUAUGCUUAUAUGUUCCCAUAGUUCUGGGGUUCAAUCAAGGCUUGUUGCAAAAUGAUCAGUGGCAACAGGGUUGUGGUUUAAAUGGUGUUAUGUUUAUAGGGGGAACUGGGAGACUUAGCACAUUUUUAGAAUUUUAAAAACCAUUUUCUAAUAAAAUAAUCUCUGAAGGGAGAAA